GAUUUUGUAAAUAUAUUUUUUGUACGAGUAUCACGUUAUCUGUGGACGAAGCAAGCUAACAUCAUUUAUACAAAUUUCGGUCUACGACAAUUAUCGUCUUUUUGAAGUAUUGAAGAAGCCCAGACGACUAAUAGAGACCUGAUUGAAAUCAUUCAUUGUCCUUUUCAUUACGUACUUUUACCGGCAGUCUGAGAAACUCUGGAAAGCAAACGGAACAAAUUUCCCUCAGAGUUUUCAGAGCUUCAAUUUUCCGAACCAUAAAAAUAAACUUUCUUCACGAUGUCAUUUUUCGAAUGCACGGAUCUGAAAGAAUUGGUUCCGAUUCCAGAGCCAGGAACCAGGUCGUUUGCUGAUUUCUACUUGGAAGAGAUAGACAAAUAUCCCGCCAGUUUCAUUGUAGAUGGCGUCUCAGAAGAAAAGCUUCAUUUUGCGGAAAUGGCUUCACAUAUUAGAGUGUGCAGCUCUAAUUUGCUCAAGAAAGGCUACAAAAAAGGAGACACGAUUUGCUUGAUGAGUAAGAAUUGUCACAACUUUAUCGUGGCACUCUUGGCUGGAUCUCUGUCCCAUGUUACCAUCUCACCGGCCAACCCAGCAUACACUGGCCACGAGCUUCUCUACCAACUGGAUUUCAGUGACUCCAAUGCAGUUAUUGUUGGGAGUGAUCAAAUUGGAUCUCUAGAAGAUGCUUUGAAGUUGGCGGUCGAAGAGAAGCGAAAUCUCGAUCUGAAAGAUAUUUAUGUCCUGAACUACAAUUCAACGGUUCCUGCCACAAUCCAGGGAAUAGAAACGAAACCAUUCGAACAUCUACUGCGGACAGAUAAUGGUAGUUUGAUGGAAGCCGAGACAUCUCUGGACCCCAAGAGCGAUGUCUGGCUCCUACCGUUUUCCUCCGGAACUACCGGACUCCCAAAAGGAGUUGCACUCACACACUACAACAUGCUGGCCAAUAUUUGGCAGUUCGUCAAAUACGAUCCAGUGUUCGGCUUGAGAUCGCACCACACGUUGCUUGCAGUCUUGCCUAUGUACCACAUAUACGGGUUGUUCUGUUUUGCUCUGGCGGCCCCGAUGAAUGGAGCUAAUGUAGUUUUGCUGCCGGAAUUCAACCCGGUCAAUUUUCUGCUGUCGAUCCAGAAAUAUAGAUGCUCCCACGUGUACAUAGUGCCACCAUUAGCUUUAUUUUUGGGCAAAGAUCCAAGAGUCAAGGAGUAUGACUUGACGUCUCUUAUCGAUGUAGUCUCAGCGGCCGCACCCUUAGCCGCCGACGUUGCCUCUCAGGCUUUCGAGUCGCUUCAAUCUCAGGGCCUCAGGGACUUCGCUAUUAGACAGGCAUGGGGCAUGACAGAACUGAGUCCAGUGGGAACUGCUGGUAGAUACAAGGCCAAUGACCUGGACUGUUUCGCCUCAAUCGGGGAUCCUAUUCCCUUCACUCAGGUGAAGAUAGUGGAUCUGAGCAGUAGAGAGGUGGUUCCCUGGGGCCAGGAGGGGGAGUUGUGUGUGAAGGGUCCACAAGUCAUGAAGGGCUACUUCAAGAAUGAAGAGGCCACAAGGAAUACCAUCGACACUGAGGGAUGGCUCCUGACAGGUGACAUAGCGAAGGUCAAUGAGAAGAAGCAAAUGACAAUUACGGACAGACUGAAAGAGCUCAUCAAGACCAAAGGAUUCCAGGUUGCACCGGCGGAACUGGAGGGAAUUCUGUUGACUCACCCCGCUGUGCAGGACUGCUGUGUGUUCGGCACACCCCACGACUCCCUCGGAGAAGCGCCCUCCGCUUGUGUGGUGCUGAAACCAGGGGGAGGAGCUAGUCGUCUCCCCUCGGAGCAGGAACUGAAGGCAUUUGUGGGUCAGAAGGUGGCGCCUUACAAACAAUUAGCCGGUGGGGUCACUUUUGUGGACCAAAUUCCGAAAACAGCCAGUGGCAAGAUACUCAGAAGAGUGCUCAGAGCUAGAUUUUUGUAACAAUUUUUUUAGAAGCGCUUUGUUUUUACAAACUUUUCUAUCUGUACAGUACAUUGUUCGAUAGAACAGAUCAAGCAAAAAAAUUUCUAAAGAAAAACGAAUUCUUAUUUGGCAGAAAAAUAAUCUCGGAUCAUUUACUUUAACCUAAACCUCACUCGCAACCAGGGGCGGAAUUGACCCCCUCACCAAUCUGGUAUUAUUUUAUGACGUCCAUUUUGGUCGACCAACUAAAUUUUUUCUAAAGGCGCUUUAAGCGCCAAUAUAGGCUAAUUUUGAAGGGGGACAACUAAUUUCCAAAAA